AUGCUCCUUACACCGAGCCCCUUCGACUCGCUCCAAUUUCUGAUCGUCAACGCAACCACGUACUCGUAUCAGAAGAAGAAGAAGAAGAAGAAGAAGAAGAAGAAGAGGCGGAAGGUAUGGGCGACCGCAAGCCCUCUGAACUUCUCCGCCUCAAAGCCCAUAAAGGCUUACCUAAUGACUUGCAAUGUAGACAUGAACGACUUGACCGCCUUCGCGCAGUUCAGUAUUGGCUAG